GGUCAUGCAAGCAGGCAACACUAUAAAGACUGUUCUCGUGCUUAGAUUUUAAAGUGAGGUUUUCUACUAUCAGGCCGUUCUGAAUUCGUAAUUAAAAUCCACGAUAUAUGAAUCCAAACUAUUCACGUUGAUUUUUGUCCGGAGAGGUGGCUUUUGUAUGAGCCAAGAAGGUUCUUAUUACUGAUUGUGAAACGCGCAUUUCAUAAUCAGUAAUGAACACUCAUGCGCAUGUGUCUCUGCAGGUACCUGCAGAGAGGCGUUUUUCAAGCGUAACUAGUGUUCAUUAAUACCAUUCAAGCCAUUUUAAGGUGUUAUGUAUGUCUGCAAGGAACAGACUGGCUGAAAUAUGAUGUAGGCAAACCAGCUGAUACCUUUGAGGCGUAAACGAGCUCUCAUCACCCACCGCAUUAGAGAAAUCUGCAGUAGAGAUUGCUUGGAAGAGGAGCUUCUAUUCUUCAAAAAUAUCCUUGCUCGAAAUGGUUACCUGACACGUUUUGUCGAAAAGAACAUGAAAAGUAAACCAAAAAGAAGAAUGCGAUUCAGCGCCGAAGAAAACGCUCUCUAUGAAUUUGAGUUUCAGGGGGGUUGGCAGCUGAUAUCCCAAAGAGGGGAAUAUCCAGCUCAUUAAAGGAAACCUUCCCUGCAGCAACACUAUAGAGCGACAUUCUCUAGCCGUCCGUUACUUCGAAACAAUGCUAAGGACAAACUCUUGCAUAGGACCAAUUCAGUGUGCAUAUACCAGUUCACCUGCUCGUGCGGAGCUAGGUAUAUCGGUCGUUGUAUGCGUGUCCUUUCAAAACACUACCCAACAUGGCAGCAAAAAGGAGGCACCGGUUUAAUCAGAAGUGCCAUUAUUGAAAAUCAGAUCAACACCUCCCACAACAUCUCAACUGAUUCAUUCAAAUUAGUUUACAAGGUCAACAGAAACCUGCCAAAAGCAGUAUGUUUUCGACUUUCCUGUACUGCGGAAGCCCUCGCAAUAUGCAUCGGAAAGCCGGAGCUGUAUCUUCAAAAGAAGUUAGUCCAACCUCUGCAACUACCAUGGACUUAGUUCGGUAUGUUCCUUUAGCCUUCGUUUUUUGAUCUAUUUUGAUCCUUUUUUUCGUCCUCUGUGUGUGCGAUUCUUACUUUCUCUGUCUUCAUUCAAUUCAUCCCAUUUUUCAGUUAUUAGAACAGCUGUUUUGAGUUUGUUUCCAUGCUUUUCCUGCUCACACUUAUAAUUCGUUUAAAUUAACUAUUUUACAGUUAUAUCCUAAUCCUGUGUAAUUUUUGUUUCUAAGGUUCUUGUAAUCCAUAUUCACACCUAACUUCCAUUUCAAGUUGAAAAUUUUUAUUUCAAUUUGUUUCCAUGCUCAUUUUUUCACACACUUGAAAUUCGUUAUAAUCCUGUGUAAUUUUGUUUCUAAGCCUCUCGUAAACCACAUCUAGUUGAAAAUAAUUGUCACCUUUUAUUCGCCUUCGUAAUUAUGUGGAAUCAAGUAAAAAUUGUAUAUAUGUAAAAUUAUGUAUUUAAAUGCGAUUGUACAGCUUUUGGAAAUGAAAUCGCCGAAAAUAUAUUCUUUCUAAUGUCCUAUUAGGUGUUUUCCACAGCCAGCUGAUUCACACAAGUGUAACUACAUUCAAUUUCAGAAUUAUGGCCUGAGGAUAGAAGGCUCGAAUCCUGUGUUAAUCCUUUUCUAAAGUUCAGCACCUUGCAAUUCAAAUCCCAUUGAGAUCAAUUAACCUGAUUUAAAGUGUUAUCGCUUUUCCAACUGUAGUUAUCUCAUCAUCUUCAAUGACACAACGAAGUUUCGCUUUGCCAUCCAACCUAUAUCCUGUAUCUGACUUAGCGUCGAAGCCAGUUACAUGUUCUAAACUACGACCAACCAUUUUGCUCAGUAAAUCCGCUCCCAGUAUAAGACAGAAGUUUUCCCUACCUUUAGAACCAAAUUGUUCGGUCAGUGUUACGACUACUAAACGAUCUAGUGUACCAUUGCAUGGAGGUACACAUAUCCCAGUUACACCAUGUUCCACUGCGUCAUCGAAAGCAACUGUUGUGUCAUCCCUUCCUAAUAAGUCGAAAGUUCGUUUUCAACCAAAAUCUAUAGAAUCAUCUUCUACUAAUUUGACUUCAGAAGAGUCGUUUCAAGGGUUGUCUACACCUAAUGGGAGUGUAAAUACAGUACGCAUCCAGCUGGGACCAAAUGGUCAGAUCGAUCGAAAUAUAAGAAAUCCAUCAUCUAGUGUACCUCGUGUAUUGCCAAUGUAUCAAGCUCCAUGCGAAGUGUGCGGUACCAGUAUUUCAACCGAAACAAGUGUUCAGCAUUUCCAUAUUGUAUAUUAUCAUAAAGGUGAAUGUCCAAGAAAAUUUCCAAGUUUCCCCUGUGAAAUGUGUGGUCAGUUAUUGUGGACAAGGAGUGGAUUAUUCAGUCACCAAGGUACCAAAUGUGGGUUUUGCGGUGAAACUAAACUGUGCAGUUCAACUUAUUAUGUCCACAAAAUCACUAAGCACCCUCAAAAGUUCGUCCACAUGUUUACUCUUGGUAUGCAUUAUUGUUCAAGAUGUUGUCGUGGGUUUCCAGAUGUCACCUCAUUCAUUAUUCAUAUACAAACUGAGCAUUUCUUCACUAUUCCUGGUGAUUUCGACGCUUUGUGUACAUAUUACUCGUCAAAGAAUCAAGAAGACUCUAAUAAUGUGAUAGCUGUAUCAAACAUAUCCAAUCUCCUAACAUUGUACUCUUCUUUAUCUCGUUCAACAUUCGUCUCAUAUACAUUACCUGACAAUAUAACUGUGCGUUGUGCAUUAAAUGGCAGAAGUUCAUGUGUAAAAUGUUCUGUAUGCAAUUCCUGUUUCCUUACAACUAGUCACUUAGAUUUGCAUAUGGCUCAGGCUCAUCACCAGUACUGGUGUCCAUUAUGCCCCUAUGCAUGUCAGCGAGCGAUUUUACUGUGGAAACAUUAUUCCAGCAAUCAUGAAGGUGGUAACCUUACGAAAAGCCCAGUAAUUGUCUCAAGUAAACUGCGUCGGGUUAUCAGUCCGGAACCAGUUGUCACAACAUUAUCUCCGAUUCAAGCUGUAACAACGCCAACCACAUCAGUUGUUGGAAGUACAACAUUAGUUACACCAGUCAUUACAGAACAGUAUAAUGGGCGUGUUAUUUUCGGUGAUAAAUCCCAGUUUCAUAGGUGUGACUUGUGUCGGGAAUUCUUCGUAGCAGUUGAAGACUUGAAUGCGCAUAACGAAAGAUUUCAUAGAAUUGAAAUACCAGAUGAUGAUGAUGAUGGUGAUAAUAGUCGUGGUAAUUUUGAUGACGUCCCAGCGUCUGUUGAAUCCAGUUCAUCAUCAAAUAAUAGUAAUAAUAAUAGUAAUACAACGCCUAGCAUCACUCCUAUCGCAACUGGCAAUAAAUCUUCCCAGUCAACCGCCUCCACUUCAUCAGUGAACUCAUCAGAAGUAUCAGAUGGGACAAAAUCUAGAUCAACUUCUAAUUUACAUAGAAUACUGAUUGUUGACUCCUCUGUUAAUGAACAAUCAAUGUGUAAAAGUAUUCCAUCUAGGAGUAACAUUAGUAGAAGUAAUGAUUCUGAGAAACCAUCUACUAACGGUGAAGAUACUAUCAACAAGAAUGGUAGUUAUGUUGUAGUUGACGAAAUAAAUAUCGAUGAUGAUGAUGAUGCUGACUGCAGGGAUGCAGCAGAAGGACAAAGUGGAUUACAGACUACGGCUCCGGUCAUUGUUGAUGAUGAUGAUAUUGAUGAUGACGAAUUUGUAUGUCCAAUGUGUGAGUUUCACAGCAAACAACGCAGUGAUAUAAUGCAACAUAUUGUAGAUUGUCAUUAACCCUACACUUCGACUAGUCCUACACCUACUACUAUCUUUCUUUUUUUUUAUUGCUGAUUGUAUUUACGUGAGCACUACUUUUUGCUACAAACGGGUUGUGUGUAUAUAUUUCAAAUAGAGGGGAAAUGAUUGAUUGUAUCAGUUAUUGAUUGUAAUAUAAAAGUGAUUAUUUAUUCUGCCUUCUUUUCAUAACGAUAAUCUGUUCGGCUUCUCAGAGUUGAUGCUUCUUCUU